GCCGGGGUGGUCCCUUCGCGCUCGCCCGUCGUCUCAAACGCCUCAAUGGCCCUUGGUCGCAGGCGAUCCUCAUCAUGGCGGAGGAGUGCCAGCAAAAGGUUUACCCGGAUCUCGUUGUCUUCAACACGCUGCUGGCGGUGCUGGGCCGAAGCGGCCGGAUAUUAUUUCGAGCAGCACGGCAAUCAAGACGUUCACGGCAGGAACUCAGUGGCUCGAGGGGCUGGGACUCCUCCGUUCCGUGCAACAGGGCGAGGUGGAGCCAGACCUCAUCGCGUUCAACUCCCUGAUGACCAGCGCCUACAGAG